CAAAGCUUUCUUCAGCGCAUACGCCAGAUGCGUGUAAUUAGGUUAUGGCGAUAACGUUGACAGCUGUUUGGAUAUUCUUUUGUGAGUGGCAACCCUGUAGCAUAAACUUGCGAAAAUCAACAAAUUUGCCGGAAAUUUAUAUUAUUAUUAUUGUAAAAAUGUCUCGCAAGGAAGCUUUGUCGCAAUUCAUAAACCAAAUUCAUGGCAGACCAGUCGUGGUUAAGCUAAACAGUGGAGUGGAUUACAGAGGUGUCUUGGCCUGUUUGGAUGGCUAUAUGAACAUUGCUCUGGACCAAACCGAGGAGUAUGUCAAUGGUCAGCUAAAAAAUAAAUAUGGAGAUGCCUUCAUACGUGGCAAUAAUGUCCUAUACAUUUCAACGCAAAAAAGAAGAGUUUAAUACUAGCCGCACAAUUUCAAUAUUUUCUAGAUUUUUUUAAUAAAUAGUUUUUUAACAAAUAAAUUAAACUAAAUCUAA